AUGUCUUCUCGCGAGUCCUCUUGCGUGGGCUCCUUUGCUCCAUUGACCUCCAAGGCAAGCACGAGACGCCUACAGACCGUCCGGCCGACAACCACGGCCACCAGUGUCGCAGCCCAGGACAUCAUCUGCGCCGUCUCCGAGUCGCGCGGCGUGUCAUCUACGGUUGGCCUGGCAUUUGUCAAUCUGGUCACGGCAGAGGCAGUGCUGUGUCAGAUCUGUGACAGCCAGACCUACAUCAAGACUGUCACCAAACUCGGCGUGUUCGAGCCCAGUGAGAUCCUUUUCAUGAACACGGCCAAGGACUCGAAGCUCCGCUAUAUCGUACAGGAGAACCUGCCCGGUCCGACCUUGACUUUCUUGGAUCGUAGAUGCUGGUCAGAUAAGACGGCUCACGAAUACAUCAAUCACCUGGCCUUUCCCGAGGAGGCGGAUUCACUCAAGUUGAUACUGGGUGGACAUUACUUUGCAGCGUGUUGCUUUGCGGCCGUACAGCCGACCUCGAUGCUCUUGAUGAUGACAAAACUAACGAUCGCACAGGUAUUGAAGUAUGUCGAGUUCGAAUUACAGCAGACUUUCGCUUCGCAUUCCUUGCGCAUCCGGCUCGAGCCGUCACAGGGUUCCAUGACCAUUGACUUGGCCACGAUUGUCUCGCUCGAGUUGAUCCAGAACUUGCAGAAUGCCAAAUCCCGAGAUAGUCUCUUCGGCCUGCUGAACGGAGCCCUCACGCCCAUGGGCACUCGAUUGUUGCGAGCGAACAUUCUUCAGCCUUCUACAGAAAGGGUCAAGUUGACAGCCAGACACAAUGCCGUCGAGGACUUGUCUACCAAACAAGACAUGUUUGUGUCGGUCCGGCAGGCGCUCCGAGGAUUUGUAGAUGCGGACAAAGUCUUGACCUCUCUUAUCCUGGUUCCCACCAAGCGGACGGCUCAGUAUAUCGAGCAGUCUGUCAACAAUGUCAUCAUGUUGAAGACGUAUGUGUCAGCGAUCACAAACGUGUACCGGGCGCUGGCAACGGCGCAAAGCGAUCUUCUACUGACUAUUCGAGAGCUGUGCGCCCCUGCAGCCCACCGUUCAGUCGAGCAGCUUAUCGAAGAAACUCUCAACGAGCAUGUCACCUAUCAAACCAAACCCCUGGAUCUCCGAAACCAGCGCAUAUACUGCGUCAAAGCCGGUGUAAACAGUUUUCUAGACGUGGCCAGACAGACAUACAAAGAGGCGAACAUCGACGCGGCCGAGCUCGUGGCAAAGCUCGCAGAUAACUGUGAAAUGGUACUGGACCUGAAAUACGACACGGCUCGUCAAUACUACAUCUGCAUCCCGGCCGCAGAACCAGAGCCACUACCAAGCGUCUUCAUCAACGUCUAUCGCAAGCGGAACCGAAUCGAAUGCCAAACGCUGGAUCUGGUCAAAUUGAACCAGAAGAUUGCCGACGCACACAACGAAGUAAUCAACAUGAGCGAUAGCACCAUCCAGGAACUGAUCCGAGACGUGUGCUUCGAGGUAUCGGGUCUCUUCCGCGUUAGCGAAGCCAUUGCCAUGCUUGAUAUGCUUGUGACGUUUGCGCAACUGGCCUCCAGCCACGACUACAUCCGCCCAGAGUUGACAGACACGCUGGCCAUCAAGGCAGGACGGCAUCCAAUCCGCGAAGGAAUCCGUGCUAACAAAUUCAUCCCGAACGACGCAUACGCAACGCCCCAGACACGCUUCCAGAUCAUCACGGGCUGCAACAUGAGCGGAAAGUCGACCUACAUCGGCUCCCUGUCCCUGAUGACCGUUAUGGCUCAGAUAGGCUGUUUUGUCCCGGCACACUACGCCUCCUUCCCAGUGGUUCACCAGCUCUUUGCCCGCGUGGCGACCACAGACGACCUCGACGCCAAUGUCUCCACGUUCGCGGCAGAGAUGCGCGAGAUGGCGUUUAUCCUGCGCAACAUCGAACCGCGGAGCAUGGUGAUCAUCGACGAACUUGGUCGCGGGACUAGCACGACAGACGGCCUGGCCAUCGCAAUCGCACUGGCCGAGGCACUCAUCUCCAGCAACGCUUUAGUAUGGUUUGUUACGCAUUUCCAGGAAUUACCGCGCAUCCUGGCUGAACGCAGCGGUGUCGUCAAUUUGCAUCUAGCCGCAGAGAUUGCUCCCGACGCUUCAAAAAUGACCAUGCUCUACCGCAUCGCAGAGGGCCCCGUCCCAGAUCGACGGUAUGGUCUUGCUCUCGCUCAGCUCGUGGACUUUCCACCUGGUGUCCUGGAUAAGGCGCGAACAGUCUCCGAUGCGUUGGAUUGCCUCGCCCAGAAACGCAACAGUCCCUCGCGCGCCUUGGCAAUUGCCCGCAAACGCAAGCUGCUUCUGUCUCUGCGUGAGCAGCUCCUGCUUGCUCGAGAUGGGCCUAUGGAUGGUGAUGAACUCCGCCGUUGGCUGUUAAGGUUGCAGACUGCGUUCGCGCUACGCAUGGCUGCUCUUGAUGAGGAACUGUCGAGCUCGCAUGACGAUAUUCAUGAAAGUGAGGAGGGGCCGAGUUCCCCUAUUCAGUACGAUGACUCAAGCUCGGUCAUCAUUGAUCAAGUUGAUGAUGUCCCUGUGCAAGAACGUGUGUCUGUUGAGACGCAUAAGUCCAUAUCUUCUGCAGGAAGCGAUUUGAUGGAGAUUGAAGAGGAAGAAGUUCUUUCCAGUACCGAC